UUAGGACGUGACUACUACAGAGGAAGUUAAAACAGCCCCUGCUACGGAAGAUAAGCACGGCGGAUGUCUGCAGAGACCUACAAGCGACAUAAUCACUUCUGCAAAGUUAGUUUUUCAGUUGCGUGGCUCGUGGCAAGUGAUGGCUGGAUAUUCCCGAGAGUUUGUGACGAGCCCUUUCUGCCCGGAACUCUCCUUCGACUUUGACCCUGACCACCCAAACACCAUAACUAUAUCUUGGUCGGAAGCGAAAGCAUUUGAAAACGUCAUACCUCACGGAGAGAUGACCUUGGAUGAUGCUGGGAACCUGGCGGACAAGGAUGGUUUCCAUGAAGUAAAGGUGAUAAAACUAGAUAAAUUCCUGGUGCUGAGAGUACGGAAUUCCGACUUCUGGCGGGUACUCUAUCUCUACCCCGUAUCGGGCACAAGAGAUUCUCUUCUGGGCGACCUGCUCGGCUUCAUGAUGUCCACCCACUCAGACUUUAUGAAAAGCGAUGGGCCCGCCUGGUACAUCUGCAGCAGGGCCUACUUCCCAGUAACGUCGGAAGGCGACCGCUAAGUGCUUCCAUGCGAGUAGUUAAUGUUGCAACAGCAACAAUCACAGUGGACAAGUGCAUGUCCGCCAACUCAAUUUUCAAAUUCAUUUACAAACGCUGGGUUGAAUUGUUAGAUUUGUUAUUUUAGACAAUAAAUAUUUUUGAUUAAUUUGU